AUGGAAAAUGUAAAUAUUAAUAAUGACAAUGACAGUAAGAUGAAAAUGCCAGCAGAGAAAAGAACGUCAGAAAAUGUCUUUAACAUAACUACGGAAACACCAACACCAGUAAUGAGGGAUAAAGCCACUGAAGGUGCUGUUUGGACUGAAAGAGAACAAAUGGCAACAAUUAUGAUAGCUGUAGCACUUGUAGCAAUCAUCACAAUUUGCAUAAUUCUCAUUAUACUACGAACACUAAGAAGUCAAUCGAAUCAACAGUCCUGUGGAUGCCAAAAUGCGAAGCAAAAGAAAACAAACAAAAAGGCUACAACUAAUAAAGGAGAAAAGAAAGGGGCUUAUUCUAGUAUAAUAAACGAAAAUCAAGUGGAACCCAAGUGGAACAUUCAGCUAGAAUCAGCGUCUAGAGUAGAACAUGCAUCUGACAGGAUCAGGAAAGUACCAACACGAAGUCCUGAAAAUAAGAAGUGGUACGAUUCGGCAGCGAUCCCUUUCAUGGACGAAGUAUCUGCAUCGUUAGAAAACCUUUACAUAGAUCAACAGAAACAGCAGCCCUGA